AUGUCGGGGAUCAGAGGUUCAGUCAAUUUGCUAAGGGUCGCAGUGAGGUCGCAGAUCGUCUCCAAAGCCACCCUGUCACACAAGCCUGCGAAGCACCACAUAUCCGCGGGCGUAAGUAACGUUUGGCUACAUGCGGCAGGUUGCUGCGCACUUUCCCUUUCCUAGAUUGCAUCCCGCAGCGCGCAUAAAAAGUUCGCCCUUUCAUUACAAAUCCAUUUGAUGUCUUUCGAUUUCAGACUUGAGUUUGCCUUAUGAGGCUAUAUCAACGUCAGAUGAUUUAAUGCAGAUAUUGUGAUAUUCUUAUAUAAAUGGAUAUUAUUCAUAACUGUCUCUGUCUCGCAGAGUAUAGGGGAGUAUAGGGGAAGUGCGCAUAACGCUAUUAUCACUGUACAUUCAUUCACGUAGGCUAGUAGCCUGUUGCAUUCAUGAAUAGUUCUUUAUUUAAAAAAUGUGUUUGACAUUUGUUUUAUGUGUUUGGCAUCGAUAACUAUACUACUCACAUUUCCUGCCUGGUGGUCUAGCUCAUGACAUGUGCAUGGAGCCCACUUGAAAUUGUGCCAAUAAUGUGACCUUGUAAGACUUUACCAAAUAUAGUCAGAUUGUGCACAUUUAGAUUUAAAGCUAGUACAGCAAGGACAUUGUGAAGGAAACUGAUAUAGAAAUGGCUCACCACUGUCACAUAUUUGGUUGGACUUUAUCCUGUAUUGCGCUAGAAUAAUGCAAUUCUAACUUAAAUUAAUCUGCCAAUUGUUUUAAUAUGCCAAUCGUUGUUGUUUUUUGUAUAAGAGUGCAAGGGUAUGCAUGUGCAAUGAAAGCAAUAAAUGCCCUUUUUGGCCUGAUAGUUGUUAUUAAUAUCUCUUGAGACUGAAUGGCCAGAAAACACAAUGUUUGGUUCUAUUUUCCAAGAUUAAAUUGUUACAGGCCUAAACAUAUGUCACGUGUUGUUUUCAUCCAGGAGCAAGCCAUUGCAUUGACAACCUUUUUUAUCACAAUCCUGGGGCCCUCUGGUUAUGUCUUGGCCCACAUGGAGGACUACAAGCACCACUCCUAA